AUGGCGUUACACCCGCGAAGAGUCCGCUUGAAGCCCUGGCUCGUGGCCCAGGUAGAUAGCGGCAUGUAUCCGGGCCUUAUCUGGCUAAAUCGAGAAGCAAAGCGGUUUCAGAUCCCCUGGAAGCACGCAACUCGGCACAGCCCGCAGCACGAGGAGGAGAACACCAUCUUCAAGGCAUGGGCUGUGGAAACAGGAAAGUACCAGGAAGGAGUUGAUGAGCCAGACCCUGCAAAGUGGAAAGCCCAGCUCCGAUGUGCUCUUAACAAAAGCCGGGAAUUUAAUUUAAUGUAUGAUGGCACCAAGGAGGUACCCAUGAAUCCUGUUAAAAUUUAUGAAGUGUGCGAUAUCCCGCAGUCCCAGGGAUCAAUCAUUAAUCCAGGUUCCACUGGCUCAGCUCCAUGGGACGAGAAGGAUAACGAUCUUGAUGAGGAAGAAGAAGAAGAACUGAAUCAAUCUCAGCAUGUCCCUAUUCAAGAGACAUUUCCAUUUCUUAAUAUAAAUGAUUCUCCAAUGGCUCCAGCCAGUGCAGAAAACUGCAGCCCUGAAGCUGUGUGGCCUAAGAAUGAACCUCUAGAUAUGGAAAUGCCCCCAACAGCUCUGCAGCAUGAUUUCUUCAGCAGCCCUGAGCUCUGGAUCAGCUCUCUUCCAAUGACAGAUCUAGAAAUCAAGUUUGAAUAUCGAGGAAAGGAGACGGGAGCAACGACAACUGUAAGCAACCCACAGGGAUGCAGACUUUUCUAUGGAGAGCUGGGUCCUAUGCCAGACCAGGAAGAGCUCUUUGGGCCUAUCAAUUUGGAGCAAGUGAAGUUUCCAGGAACAGAGCAAAUCACCAAUGAAAGGCAAAAGAUCUUCACAAGUCGGCUACUGGAUGUUAUGGACAGGGGACUGAUCCUGGAGGUCAGUGGCCAUGCCAUCUAUGCUGUCCGGCUCUGCCAGUGCAAGGUGUACUGGUCUGGUCCCUGUGCGCCUUCUGCUGCCACACCAAAUUUGAUUGAGAGGCAAAAGAAAGUCAAAUUAUUCUGCCUGGAAACGUUCCUCAGCGAGCUGAUUGCCCACCAGAAAGGACAAAUUGAAAAACAGCCACCAUAUGAGAUCUACUUCUGUUUUGGAGAAGAGUGGCCUGAUGGAAAACCUAGAGAGAGAAAGCUGAUUGUGGUUCAGGUCAUUCCAGUUGUGGCCCGGAUGAUAUACGAAAUGUUCUCUGGUGACUUCACGCGUUCCUUUGACAGUGGCAGUGUGCGACUCCAGAUCUCUACGCCUGACAUCAAGGAUAACAUCGUGGCUCACUUGAAGCAGCUGUACCGCCUGCUGCAGACCCAUCAGGAGGGGUGGCCGAUGCAGGCCCCUGCCAUGCACAUGGCACAGCCGCUGCCAGCACAGUGA